AUGUGGCCUCCUUUUAACCAAGCCCUUUUGCCAUUUGGCUCACAGAAGAGCAUCGGUAGUUUCACUAGAAGCUACAGCAUUGGCCAUAGUGGUGGCUCUACUAUCACUAUACUCAACAACUGCCCCUACACGAUUUGGGCAGCUAUAAUAGACACCAGCCGAAGUUUUGGUAGCGGUCGACGUCUCGACAACGGCGAGGCUUGGACCUUGAAUAUGCUCGACAAUUCGGCAGGACGCGCUUGGGGCAGAACAAGUUGUUCCUUCGAUGGCUCGGGGAGAGGAUUUUGUGAGACAGGUGAUUGUGGCAGAGUUCUCAAUUGCCAAGACUUCGGCACACCGCCCCUAACUCUAGCUGAAUUUUCUCUCAAUCGAGCUAACAAUUUGGAUUUCUUGGACAUCUCUCUUGUUGACGGGUUUAAUAUUCCAAUCAAAUUCAGUCCGAAGACGGCCUAUGGAUGCAGUAGGGGAGCCAGUUGCGCCACGGAUGUCAAUGGGCAAUGCCCUGUGGAGCUGAGGGCGCUUGGCGGCUACCGUAGUCCAUGCACGGUGUUCAAGACCGACGUAUAUUGUUGCGUUAACUCAACGACGAAGUGUGGGCCUACGAGUUAUUCAAGAUUUUUUAAAACUUUGUGCCCUGAUGCUUAUAGCUACAUAUUGGAUGAGGAAUACGUUGAUGUCAAUGGGCAUUGCCCUGUAGAGCUGGUGGCACUAGCUACGACGUCGUAUUCUGUCCUUCGUAACACGUAA